AUGCUUGCGAUUAAUCUGUGUGUGUUGCUGUUUUCGUUUACGGCAGCUGAUGCUGCGCCUACGGAGAGCAUUCGAACCAUCAUACUCAACGAUGGCCGAACCAUACCCGGCUUCGGCCUAGGCACGUGGCUUGGUUUCGUUCAGGAGUCAAAAAGUAAAAAGGACGAGGUUGAGAACGCAGUCAAAUGGGCCAUCGACGCCGGCUACAGGCAUAUAGAUACUGCAUCUAUAUACGACACUGAAGAUCAGGUUGGAAAAGCGAUUAACAAAAAGAUUGAUGAAGGCGUCGUGAAGCGAGAAGACAUAUUUGUAACAACAAAGCUUUGGAAUGACGCGCACGCUCGGGACGCAGUAGUGCCAACUUUAAGGAACUCUCUGAAGAAACUCAAUUUGGACUACGUAGACCUAUAUCUCAUACACUGGCCAAUACCACAAUACCACAACGGUUCCUUUUAUGACGUCGACUACCUAGAAACAUGGGAGGGGAUGAUAGAGGCCCAGAAAUUGGGGCUGGCCAAGUCCAUUGGUGUUUCCAACUUCAACCAGAAAAUGCUGGAGAGGAUUAUCGCUAAAAGUUCUGUCAAGCCGGCCAUGCUACAAGUUGAGAUCAACCUCAAUCUGCAGCAGCCGGACUUGCGUGAGUACUGCCGUGAGAAUGACAUUGCAGUCACCGGGUACACCCCUUUCGGCUCCAUCUUCCCCAGCAAGGCGCAAUCUGACGCGCCGCCCCCGCGCGUUACCGACCCGGCCCUAGUCAAAAUUGCCGAAAAAUACAACAAGACAGUCCCUCAAGUAGUUUUGAGAUAUCUGGUUGAACUGAACGUUAUCCCGAUACCCAAGACUGUGACAAAGUCGAGGGUUGAGCAGAACAUCGACAUCUUUGACUUCCAACUAACGCAAGAGGAGAGGGACCUGCUGAAGGGCUACGACAAAAAUUAUAGAACCAUCGCCCCGAAGAACUGGAUUAAUUCUAAAUACUACCCGUUUGAGAAGGAU